UCCGUCAACACGACGCUCGAGUCAACAGGUGUCUCGCGGGAACGGUACCAGUUCUUCCAGUGUUUCGUUCGCGUGCGGCAAAAGGGGUGUGCUCCGAGACUCCUACGUCCUAAUCCUUCGUCCCUAAAUUAUCCACCCUUUGCGGGAACAUGAUGGCAGAGACGGUGGUCACGGUGCAAGACGGCUCUAGCCACAACGCCAACAAUCCCAGGCAGACGCCGACCGUCAAGUCGGACCCGGGCCAGCCCGGCGUCCUCGGAGGCCUCGCCCUCAACGUCGACUACUUCAGGACCAUUCCCGGAAUAAUCAAGCUGGCGCAAUUGGUGAGUCUUAACCUACCGCCUACAACCUACUACAUAAUUACAACGAAAUAAACUCGUAAAACCCGUAACCCUGCUC